AAGAAUAAACGCCGUGGUGACUUGCAGCUUAACAUGUUGCUCUUGGAGACACUGAGGCUCUAUGGCCCCAUAGCUUUCCUCCAGAGGAAGACUGCCUCAGACACUAUCCUAACGCACGUGAAGGUGCCGAAAGGAACGAUGAUAACAAUACCAUUAGUUUUGUUGCACCGGGACAAGGAGAUUUGGGGACCCGACGCCGACGAGUUUAAUCCGAUGAGGUUCCAGAAUGGCUUAUCGAGAGCCGCCAAGCAUUCACACGCGCUGCUGGCCUUCUCAUUCGGGCCGAGGGUUUGUGCCGGGCAAAACUUCGCCAUGGUUGAGGUGCAGAUUGUGAUAGCGACCAUCAUCAAGAGUUUCUCCUUCACCCUGUCCCCCACUUACGUGCACAAGCCCAGCAAUUUCAUCACGCUGAUGCCCAAGUACGGGCUCCCUCUCAUUGUGAGGAAUCUGCAGCUGACUGCAUGAUCUUGGGACAUAUAGGAGCUCUACGUACUAUGAUGCGUCAUGUAAUAAGCCAUAUCAUAGUAAAUAAUAUACCCGGCCAGUUUGGCAUGUACUUGCGACGUAUGGUUAUGUCACCAUUGUUGUUCCUCCCGCUACAUCUAUAAACUUGUAUGAUGUAAUAUGUAUGCAACUAGCAGUGUGAACCCGUGUGUUUGCAUGGCUGAAUUUA